AUGGAUAACCGAGUUCAUGUGCACACAUUCUACAGCAAUUCCAUAGGAUCCGCAUUGUAUACGAGACUUAUGAAAGAGAACGUCAUUAACUACGCCACUAGUUGUAGAAAAGAGUCUAAGUUAGAUCUAGAUUCCCGUGUUUUCGUUUUAAGUCAAGAACCGUACGACUCACCACAACUUCCGAAGUAUGCGUCAGCGUUCUUAUUCGAUCCUCAUACUUCUGGUGGAUACACCCCUAGCGUACAAACGCUUUCGCAAUUCCUGCUCUGUGAGACUUCCUUUAAGAAUAGGAAAGAAUCGGAGAUGCAGGUCAGAAUGCUUAGCGAUAAUAUAGCUACCAGCUUCGCACAGUUGAGAAGAGGCGUUGCGUACUUGAACGUCAUUUCAUAUCAAACCAAGAUCCUUCCUAGUUCAGAGACGAGGCAUCGUGUUCGAAAUCACUUCUCCCGUUUUUUUAAGCUACUCAUACAAAUCAGUAUACAAAUCAGUCAUUCGGCAUAUGGCAUAACUGAGUUCAACAUUUAUUCUAUAGGAGCUGAAGCUAGUGCUGUAAUAGGAGAAGCAAAAUCUCAACUAGGUUCUCGAAGAAGGCGUGUGAUAAAGGUUACACGCAGGAACAUCUCGCAUCCUGUAGCUCUGUCUAGGAGAAUCUUAGUUGACGAACCAUCAGUAUCGGCUACGCUUUCCGAGUUAAGUGAGUCUUUGAUACGUGUAUGUCCUAAAAUCGAGGAAGAACACGACGCGUCACAAGACAAUACAUGGUAUAAAUACAGGAGAAAAGCUAAUCUCGUUUCGAAGACAUACGACAAAAAAGAUCUUAGGUCAUUCGGAUCGCCUAGGGACUUACUGAGACUCAUAUUGAGGUGUUCGUUAUCCGAGGCAGAGAUUGCAUCUACGCUAACUGAAUUCGAAGUAUUCUCGGAGACUAUUUUAGACAUGGAAAAGAAGACAAAAGUAAACGCAAGAAUAAUUCUCACUAGAGAGACUAACCGUGCACUUAAAGAAACCAUACCCAAACUCGAAAGCGUACAGAAAAGGAUAAGCAAGGAACUUAACAAACCAGAGAGUGAUUUUGAAGAGUUAUUUAAGUCCAUGCAGGACGCACUUAAGCCUACUGUCUCCAUUAAAACAUGGGCCGACUCCAUGAGCGUCUCUCUUACUUCAACGUACAAUCCGGUUCAGGAAGGAAUAGUGAAUGCAACUGUGACACAGCCUCUGAAGAUAGAUAACGACGUGGACCUCGAAGAACCUAGUGUAGGAACUUUGAAACAAACUGCUAGGAAUCUCAAAGAUGAUAUAAAAGGCGUGAAGAAGAAAGCCAAAUCUGCGAAGGAGAAAGAGAGCAAAGGACUCCGUUAUGAUGUCAUCGUCGUGAUUGCGAACAACUUGGGAGAACAACUCAAAGUUAUACUCGGUAGUACAUGUGAUACAAUACAAAGCUUCAACGACUCACGUAAGAAAAUCAAAAACCUCAUAAAGGCAGCAAGAGUCUAA